AAGUGCUAACAUUUUCGAAAGGAUCUAGAAUCGGCGCGACGCUGUUCCAGACGGAGAGAGAGAGAGAGAGGGAGAGAGGGCGCGUGCCUGCUCAAGCGCUUGAGUGCUGGCGUCCAAAACGUAGCGAUUCAAAGGAGGUGAGUUAGAAAAUUUGCUAAUGGGGAAGAAAGGAGUGCCGGAGUGGCUGAACAGCUCGCUCUGGUCUUCCAAACCCUAUACCGAUGGCCCCCCUAUCUACGCCUCGGAACCGGCAAAACCCGAGUCCCCACCACGACAACGAUCACCGCAGCCGCCACAGCCGCCACAGCCGCCGCCGUCACCACCGAAGCUGGAGCCGCCGGCAUCGUUUCAGGGUGAUCACGGUUCCCCGAAGUUCUCACCUGAGGAAAUUUCGCGUCAGUCGCAGAUCUUAUCCGAGCUUUCAAAGAAGGUUAUAAAUAUUGGUGAGUUGCGAAGAUUAGUUUGUCAGGGUAUUCCGGAUGGUGCCAGAAUACGUCCCACUAUAUGGAAGCUUCUCUUACAAUAUUUACCAAAUGAUCGUGCAUUUUGGCCACACGAAUUGGAGAAGAAGAGGUCUCAAUAUAAGUCUUUUAAAGAUGAGCUUCUUCAAAAUCCUUCAGAUAUCACGCGUAGGAUGGAUGAAUCAGCUCAUGUUAAACAUGCGGUGUUGAAUGAUGAAUCCAGGGCCUUGCUUCAAAGGUCAGAAAUAACUCACGGAGAACAUCCUCUUAGCCUUGGAUCAACUAGUGUAUGGAACCAAUUUUUCCAGGAGGCUGAAAUUAUAGAGCAGAUUGAGCGCGAUGUAAAGCGUACACACCCAGAAAUGCAAUUCUUUGCAGGGGAUUCUUGUUUUGCAAAAACUAAUCAGGAAUCUUUGAAGCGCAUUCUUAUCGUGUUUGCAAAAUUAAAUCCGGGCAUCAGAUAUGUGCAAGGGAUGAAUGAAGUUUUAGCUCCGUUAUUCUAUGUUUUCAGGAAUGAUCCCGAAGAGAAUAAUGUUGCCCAUGUAGAAGCGGACACCUUCUUUUGUUUUGUGGAGUUAUUGAGUGGAUUUAGGGAUAAUUUUUGCAAGCAACUUGAUAACAGCGUUGUUGGCAUUCGUUCUACCAUUACAAAAUUAUCGCUACUUUUAAAGAAGCACGAUGAAGAGCUUUGGCGUCAUCUGGACGUUACCACAAAAGUCAAUCCUCACUUCUAUGCCUUCAGAUGGAUAACACUAUUGCUGAGUCAAGAAUUCGAAUUUUCAGAUUGCCUCAGCAUAUGGGACACUAUAUUAAGUGAUCCCGAAGGUCCCCAGGAAACCCUAUUGAGGAUAUGCUGUGCCAUGCUAAUUCUAGUGCGACGGCGUCUCCUAGCAGGUGAUUUCACUGCCAAUCUCAAGCUGUUGCAACAUUACCCCGCAACUAAUAUUGGGCAUCUCCUCUAUGUUGCUAACAAGCUGCGCGGCCCUGUGCCAGACUAAGUACCUUCCAUUCCGUUGUGUUUAAUUAGCUUGUAAUUGUCAUUUGAAUAUGUGCUAUGUAAAUGCUUUGUUGUAUAAAUUUUAAAUUAGUGUUACCAGAGCUUUGGCUUUUGGCUGAUUAGUAUUUAGAUGCCCAAGUCUGAUACUGUGCAUAGCACCAGUAUUGAUCCAUUUAUGGUUUUGUUUGGGACGGCUUUUUAGUACAAAAAUUUAAUUUUUUACUAAAAAGCAACUUUAAGAAGCAGUAAAAAAGCUGUCUCAAACGAAGCCUAAUCGAGUAUAUCGACUACUAGGAUGCUAAAUAUCCAUUGCAGCUGAGUGAUGGUGGCUGGCGGGGUUGAGAGACUUUGAUUUGCUGUAUUACAGGGAAUUUUUAAAAUUUUAUUUCAUUAAUCUCAUCGAAUGACUUUACUUUGA